AUGACAAAACGCAAGGAAAUAUCAGGCAGAACUGGUCCUAGCACAGAUUAUUCACUGACAGGAUCAAAACGCAAGCGUGAUGGCGACGAGAGCUCAACAGCCGAGAGUUCGACUUCAAGUCAGCCAAGCAGCUCGAAAUCUAACCGCGGAGGAAAUAGGAGGAAAGCACGGCCGGCCCUUCACAGAGAAUCCAGUAGUGUACUCGUACCCUGUGCUGUGGAAUGGCCAGAAUUGUUUAAGAAGGUUGAACGAACGCAUCGAGCUCUCAAUCUUGUCUACACCUUUUGCACCACACGAAAACAUCUCGCCACGACAUUUGCCACUAUAAAAUCUGCCGUUGAAGCCCAUAUCAAACGGGAACUAUUGGUCGAUGAGAUAGCUUCCAUGGUAGCGAUUCGCCCUGAGGGUCUUUUCUUUGCAUAUGUUGACGAGAACAUGCUGCAACUUGACGUGAAAGGCACUGAAAGGGACGAAGUCUUCCGAACUGGCAAAUCAUUCAGGUCUCAGGCUCCUGCGCAUGAUGCUUCAGUGGGCGGAUAUACUGGUAUGGAUGGCAUUGACAAACAACAUGAUCGGAACCUUGAACCUGCAGGACGAGAAGUCCUUUUCCUCGAAUUCAUUGAUGGCGAUCUGAAGAGACAAGUCCCAGGCAAGUCUGGCGAGCCAACGAAGCCGAAUCGAAAAUUGAGAGACGAGCAGCUGAGAAUGCCCGUUUUCAGCCAGAAACAGAUGACCAGUUUGAUCGAGAGGCGUAACCAAAGAUUCACCAAUGCUAUUAAUGCCUUCCUCAACAAAUGCUCCGAAGAUGGGACUGAUCCACUUGAAACUCUCAAAGAACAAACACAGGCAUACAUCCCGGUCCCUUCUGCCCAAGAAGAGUUUGCCCCAGAAAAGGCAGCCGAUUCAAUACCAGAAAGCAUACCAAAGGAACGAAAGACAGUGCCAGAAAUCGUACAGGAGCUCAAGGAGAGCCCCUGGUAUACUGGGCAGAUUGUCCCUGAUGGACAUCGAGUAUUUGAGAAGCAGGAGGCUGUGUAUGGAGACCUCGACUUUCUUUUGAGUCAGGAUUUGGUCAACGCUCUAUAUAACGCCAAGGGAAUCACACAGUUUUAUGCGCAUCAGUCAGAGGCUCUCAACAGUCUCAAUGAUGGAAAGCACGUCGUAGUGUCAACAUCGACAAGCUCUGGCAAGAGUUUGAUCUAUCAGCUCCCGGUUAUUCGUGCCCUCGAAGAGGACUACAACUCCAGAGCAAUGUACAUCUUUCCCACAAAAGCCUUGGCACAGGAUCAGAAAAGGAGUUUGAAAGAGAUGAUGAGUUAUAUGCCUGGUCUUGAAGAGACUAUGGUAGAGACUUUUGAUGGGGAUACUCCAAUGGCUGAGCGCAAUGAGAUUAGAGAGCAAGCAAGAAUCAUUUUUACUAAUCCGGAUAUGCUUCACAUUACCAUAUUACCUCAGGAAGAACGAUGGAGAUCUUACCUGAAGAACUUGAAAUAUGUCGUUGUGGAUGAGUUGCACUAUUAUAAUGGUCAAAUAGGUUCUCACAUGUCCUUCAUCAUGCGAAGAUUAAGGCGAAUAUGUGCCGCCGUGGGAAACCGGCGCGCCAAAUUUAUAUCGUGUUCUGCUACAGUUGCGAACCCAGAGCAACACUUCAAAACAAUAUUCGGCAUAGACAACGUCCAGCUGAUAGAUUACGAUGGAUCUCCAUCUGGAAGGAAGGAGUUUUUGUGCUGGAACACUCCGUAUAAAGACCCUGGCGAUCCUGCCUCUGGCCGUGGCAGCACCAAGUUUGAAUGCGCGCGACUGUUUUGUGCUCUGAUGCUAAGAGGUGUAAGGAUCAUAGCAUUUUGCAGAGUUCGGGCGCAAUGUGAGCUUCUCGUGAGCACCAUCAAGCAGGAGCUCGAGAACCUGGGGCGACCAGAAUGUACCAAUCUGGUGAUGGGAUAUCGUGGCGGCUAUACAGCACAAGAUCGCCGCAGGAUCGAGACUGAAAUGUUCCAAGGUCAACUGCUUGGAAUUGUUGCAACCACUGCGUUAGAGCUCGGCAUUGACAUAGGCUCCCUUGAUUGUGUCAUGACGUGGGGAUUCCCUUACACGAUUGCCAACCUGCGACAACAAAGUGGCCGUGCUGGCCGUCGCAACAAGGAUUCACUUUCGAUACUGGUUGGUGACGGAUUUGCCACAGACCAGCACUACAUGCAGAAUCCAGACGAGCUAUUCACAAAGCCCAACUGUGAGUUGCAAGUUGAUCUGGAGAAUAUGCUUGUGCGUGAAGGCCACAUUCAAUGCGCGGCAUAUGAAAUGCCAAUACGCCCUAAGGAGGAUGCGAAAUACUUUGGCAAAGACUUACCGAAGAUUUGCAUGGAACGCCUAAUCAAUGAUGACAUGGGCUUUUAUCAUUGUCAUGAUCGAUUUCGCCCUGUCCCUGCAAAGUAUGUUGCUAUACGAGACACUGAAGAUGACCACUUUGCUAUUAUAGACAUCACCAAUGGUCGGAAUGUUGUACUGGAGGAGCUGGAGGCCUCCAGAGCAACUUUUACACUUUAUGAUGGAGCCAUUUUUCUUCAUCAGGGCAAUCCCUACCUUGUACGAGACUUCCAGCCUGACAAAGGAAUGGCCAGGGUGGAAAGGGUCAAGGUUGAGUGGACAACUGUUCAGCGUGAUUAUACUGAUAUCGAUCCCACGGAGACAGAGGCCAUCAGAACAAUUUCGAAUUCUCGUUCGCAUGCUUACUAUGGAACAAUCAAGAUCCAACAAAACGUGUUUGGAUUCUUCAAGGUCGACAAGAAGAAUCGAGUGCUCGAUGCGGUACAGGUAGACAAUCCACCAGUCAUACGUUUCAGUAAGGGGAUGUGGCUCGAUGUGCCUAAGAAGGCGAUGAGCAUUCUCCAAGAGAGACGUCUUCACAUUGCCGCCGCGAUUCACGCUGCAGAGCAUGCCAUUAUGAGUCUACUGCCAGCCUUUGUUAUCAGCAUGCCUGGUGAUGUACGAACAGAGUGCAAGACGGCAGUGAAAGAGUUUGCAAAACAAGAGUCACAGCGGAAGCGACCAGCACGGUUAACUUUCUACGAUGCCAAAGGUGGUGCAGGAGGCUCAGGUAUCAGCACGAAGGCAUUUGACCAUGUCGACCAACUACUACGGGAUGCGUUGAAGCGGGUCGAAGACUGUCACUGUGAUCGAGGUUGUGUUGAAUGUGUGGCAUCAGAGCUGUGCAAGCAAGCGAACGAAGUGAUGAGCAAAGCUGGCAGUCAAGUGAUUCUUAAGACUCUGUUGAACGUCGAGAUUGAUAUGGAGUCACUGCCAAUGGGUCCAGAAUUAAACAUUCCCAUAGGUACCGAGACGGUCGUCCUGGCAGAACCUGUUCCGUACCGGGCCAAAGAGACAGCCUUUGAGAAUCGCAGCAUUAGCUAUACCGGUGAAUAA